AUGUGUUUUUUUUUUUUUUUAUUAUGUGCAUAUGCCGCCAACAGCUCCUCGGCCGAGGAGGCCGUGGGUGAGCUGGAUCUGCUGCUCACCGGCGGCCGCCUCACGCCCCACAACAAACAGGUGGUGGAGGCCGCGUACGCGAGCGCGGGGCUCAAGGGGGCGCAGCAGGCGAUCUUGCUGACGCCCGAAUUCCAGACCCUCGGGUCGCCGCAGCCGAACGGCACCCGGGAGGACCAGGCGGAGGAGGAGUCACACACGCCAGACUCGUACAAGGCGGUGGUGAUGCUGUUCUUGCACGGCGGAGCGGACACCUACAACCUGAUCGUGCCGAUCGGGUGUCCACUGUACAACGAGUAUGCAGGGGCGCGCACGAACAUGGGGGUCAGCCAAUCGGCCCUCCUACCCACGACGACGACGGGACAGGUGUGCAGCUCGUUCGGCGUGCACCCCGCCAUGCCCUUCCUGCACCAGCUCUACGACUCGCGCAGGCAGGCCGCGUUCGUCAGCAACGUCGGCGCCCUGGUGGAGCCAACCACCAAAGAGAGAUGGAAGAACGGCGAGGCGGACCGGUGCCUGGGCAUCUUCUCCCACAACCACCAGCAGAACGCUGCGCAGACGCUCAAGUGCCAGGAGGCGGGCGCGGUGCCGAGGGGUGUGGGCGGCCGUGUGGCGGACGUAUUGGCGUCCGUGCACAAGAAGACAGUCGCCUCGUUCUCCGUGUCAGGCAUCUCCACCUGGUCCGUGGGGUUCAACACCAGCACCGAGAUCAUCCACCCAGAGAAGGGCGCCAUCCGCUUCGAGAAGUUCCAAGACUAUGCCAGCAGCAUUCAGUCGAUCACCCAGCAGAGGUACGGUAACGUUUACUGCGAGGAGUACGCGACGUCCUUCGCGGACCACAUCAGGAGCAGCGAGGAGCUGGGGACUCUCUUCGACCAGAUCGAGCUCGAGACGGUGGAGACCUACGAGACGGAGACGCGGUGGCCUCAAAGCUCGUCGAUCUCUCCCUGCCCGUCCCGUAUAUCCUCGACCGGCCUGGCUCCCCUGGGGUGA